UCGAGACACUUCUAUUCUUUGUGGUCCAUUGAUCCUAUUUUGGCCACGCUAGAUGUUUCAAUCAACAUGUUGUGCCAUUUAUUCCCCGUCGUCGCCGCCAUUGCUCGGCACGGCCAAUCCAGUUCGAGCGGAAGAAGAUUGAAGCAAUUCAAGCAAUGGGGCAAGAGGAAGAAGCAUCAGAGAUAGGGCAGGUAAACCGAGGAGGAGGAGGAGGAGGAAUUGAUGAAGAAAGUUGCGAUUUUUGUGGGAACGCAAGGGCGCUCUUGUUCUGCCGGGCCGACGCCGCCCGGCUCUGCAUCGCCUGCGACCGGCAUGUCCACAACGCCAACGUAGUGUCCUCCCAGCACCGGCGCGCGCUCCUCUGCGACGGCUGCCGCUCCGCGCCUGCCUCCAUCCUCUGCGCCUCCUCCCACUGCCGCGCGCUCCUCUGUUCCAACUGCGACUUCGACGCCCACCGCCGGUCUCAUCCGCUGCACGACCGUCGCCCUGUUGAUGAUUUCGUCGGGUGCCCCUCGGCCGUGGGGCUGUUCGGACUGCUCGGGAUUGGAGCCGACGAGAAGGAGUUGUUGGGUGGAGAGAGGGAUGAGGUGGGCGACUACUUGGUAGAAGAUGCUAGCGUUUGGGAAGCGAAACCGGUGCUCAGUUUGGAAGAUCUCAUAGUUCCCACCACUGCCAGCCAUGGGUUUCAAGCUAUGGGACUCCCUCCACUUCCAAAACAUCGAAAUUCAACUUUCUGGAAACAUAAAGAGGAGUUGAUUUGGCAAAUUCGUGAACUUGAAAAGCUUGAAGGAUAUGCUAGUCAAGACAAAGGAUUUGGGGAGCCAGUGACAGAAUCAUUUUCUUUGGUUCAAGAAAAGGAAAUUGAAAGUAAUUAUAUUGGCUCUGCUGUUAGCAGUUCCUGGAUUGCGGCAACUACUCCUAAGAACAUUAUUCCUGAGUGCAAUCAAGCCGAUGAAGGUCAAGAAGUCUUGAGUACACUGGAUUUGUUGAAUCCUUGUGGGGAAUAUAAUGGAAGCUCUUCUAUUGUAAAUUUGAAAUCUCUGAAUGGUGCUAUUGAAGUCGAUGCAUGUCCACAUCAUGCCACUGAUAUAAUCCAUUCUAAUGAAGACUCAGGCCCUAAAGAUACAAAGCAACUUUUAGCUUGCCCAGACCGAAGCUCGAUGAUCUCACGGUACAAGGAGAAGAGGAAGACACGCAGAUAUGAUAAACUGAUAAGAUAUGAAUCACGGAAGAUACGAGCUGAUACCAGGCUGAGAAUCAAGGGUCGGUUUGCUAAAGUGAACCCGAAUCAGUGAAAUAUCGAUGAGUAGUAUGUCAAGAAAUGCAGGUAGCAAUCACCACCCAAUUCAGACGAGAUGGAUAAAAUCCGGCAGAUCUUGAGCAAAUGAUUGAUGCACAUUGUUUAAUGGGAGGACAAGUAUUUUGUAUUCUUAUAAACAUGCUUAAAUACUUAUCUAUAUAUAUUAUAUGACAUGCUUAAAAACAAACAGAAAUCCAUUUUGUUUUUGUUUUUGUUUUCCAAUUGUUCCAUGUAAUACUGAUAUGACUCGAUAAGUAUUUGUUUGUAAUGUUUGUAAGUUUGUGUUGUUGCUGAGGAAGAGAGAUUUUUAUCCUGAAA